AAGAGGGGAGGUGCACUGAACGGUUGCAGGGCUUUGGCAGCUUGGAAGGAAGGCCUGUGGUGCGGAGCCCGCGAGGAGGCGGGGCGAACGCCGAGGCUGGGCUUUGUGCGGCGGAGGAGUUGAAGUCGGAAUUGUGCGGCUAAUUUGUGAACAGUGAUCGCGGCGCUAAGGGGCUGGACUGGUGUUAGGCGUCAGUUUCUGCUGACACCGUGGCGGGCACCACCCCUUGUUCUCCCCCGUUCCAGAAGAGCAGCACAGAAGACCUGCCACCAUCAAAGCCAUGGCUCAGGUGUCAGUGCUGUUCCGUGAUGUGUACAUAGACUUCUCUCCAGAGGAGUGGGAGUGCCUGACGGAGGAGCAGAGAGACUUGUACAGAGAUGUGAUGCUGGAGAACUACAGCAACCUGCUCUCGAUGGUCCUGGAGUCAAGAUGUGAGGCCCAGAAGUUAUUCCUGAAGAAGGAGCUGUAUGAGAUAGAGACAGCGCAGUGGGAGAUAAUGAGGAAGCUCACGAGACAGGACCUUCAGUGCUCGAGUCUCAGCAGUGCCCAGGAGUGGAAUGGCUACCGUGAGAGACAGUGCAGAGCUCAGGAGAGACAGUUCAGUGAACUGAUCAUCAACCGUGAAGACGUGCCCACUCUCAGUCAGUCCCCAUCCUUCAGGCUGCAGCAGAUUGUUAAGAAUAAAGAGAAAUAUUGUGCAAGUAAAGAAAACAGGGAACACUAUAAGCAUGGCCCCCAGUUUGCUACCCAUCAGAUUGUUCGCACCACAGAGAAGCCGUACGAGUGUAAGGACUGUGGCAAGACCUUUAGACAUCCCUCAGGACUCACUCACCAUCACAAAAUUCACACCGGAAAGAAACCCUUUGAGUGUAAGGAAUGUGGGAAAACAUUCAUUUGCGGCUCAGACCUGACACGACAUCACAGAAUUCACACAGGUGAGAAACCCUAUGAGUGUAAGGACUGCGGAAAAGCCUUCAGUAGCGGCUCGAAUUUUACUCGUCAUCAGAGAAUUCACACCGGCGAGAAGCCUUACGAAUGUAAAGAGUGUGGGAAGGCUUUUAGUAGUGGUUCAAAUUUCACUCAGCACCAGAGAAUUCACACUGGAGAGAAACCCUACGAAUGUAAGGAAUGCGGCAAUGCCUUUAGUCAGAGUUCCCAACUUAUUAAACAUCAAAGAAUCCACACCGGUGAGAAGCCCUAUGAGUGUACGGAGUGUGAGAAGGCUUUCCGGUCGGGUUCUGACCUCACUAGACACCAGAGAAUCCACACUGGAGAGAAACCGUAUGAAUGUAAGAUUUGUGGGAAAGCCUAUUCUCAGAGCUCACAGCUCAUCAGUCAUCACAGAAUUCACGGUGGUAAGAAAGCCUACAAAGACGAGGACUGUGGGGAGAACUUUAUCUAUAACUCACAGCCUGUUCAGCAUCAGAACUUAUACUGGUGAUGAACCGACACACACACCAUGUAUGGGAGAACUCAGAACUGUCGGAGACUCUGUGAAUCCCUCUAGACCGAAGAAUGUAGAGUCAGUCGGCUUGUUGGCUUUUGUUCAUCCGAAGAGAAACUCACUGGAGGAGCACCCUAUGAAUGCAAUAUGUUCUGGAAGCUGUUUAGUAACAGCUUGUAUUUCUUUUGACUCACAUUAUUCAGUCUGGCAAAUAAUUGAACAGAAAACAAUGCUUUGAUCUUAAAUGUAA